ACGGGUCCACCACGUGAUAAUCGACUGACUGUGUCGUCUCUCACGGAGCUGAGGCGGGGGAGCCGGAUCGAGGCGGCCUCGCCUCUCGCACACUGCAGCUCAUCUUUGCAUGUCCCUCCCGGUAUCAGGCAAUGCUGAGUUCUCUACUGACAGUGGCCCAGACCAGUGCUCCCAUGUACAAUGGAGGCAGCGGAUUAACGACGCAACCCCCUGAGAGAGUGGCCCCUCCCCCCUCACAGCAGGACGGCGGAAUGCUGGAGUUCGUGUUGUUUCUAGACAGAGAACUGAGUCGGUGGCUGUGCGUGAGCGCGCGUCCUCGGAGACCUGUGACGAAGCUGGCCUGUCUCUUACUGGAGUGGUCUGGCCACGGAGUCCUCUGGUUUGCCAUCUGUGGCCUUCUCUUCCUCCUCUACCUCCUCACCUCAGACCCAAGCCAUCUCAGCCUUGCUUGGAACGUGUUGGUGUUGUUGGGAGUCGACAUUGUGGCUGUAGCUCCACUGAAGCUGUAUUUCAAAAGAUCCAGACCUCCUACAAACUCUGGAACUAUUGCUCUCAGCGUUUCCUCCGUUGAUAAAUAUGCGUUCCCAUCAGGCCACGCCUCUCGAGCUGUAGCACUAGCUAUCUACUUCACCCUCAGCAGAUUCCUCCCACCGCUGGUCUGGGCUGGCUGGGCAGUCCUGGUGUGUCUCUCUCGUGUAGUGGGUGGCAGACAUCACCUGCUGGAUGUGUUGGUGGGUGCUGGAGCUGGUCUGGCAGUAUUCGAGACCUCUAGAUAUCUCGGCCUUCUGACUCUCUCUCUUUCUAGUCACCACUGACUCUUAUCUUUUUUUACAACAAAUCAUGAAAUUUUAAUGUAAUGCAGAUGAUGGGUGCCAAUGAAAACGACAAACAUCAAUUUUAUGAUCUCACGGA